GAGGAAAAGUGUUGCGAAAAAGUGAAAAGACGCUGCGGACGACUUUUGUUCACACUUUGGUCACCACAGCAGCCUGCUCGGCGCCGCCAGCGACAAGCAAAAUCUAACCAACAUGCUGGCCAUCCAGUACCUGACCUGCUGCAGUCUAUUAGUGCUACUAAAGACGGUUCUUGGCCAGUAUGAGCACCCGGGCUACCCAGAGCCACAGGAGCAGUACUCUGCCCCCCAGCUGGCACCCGACACGCCCAGAAUUCAGCUUCGACUGGCCGGGGAUAAGAGGAAGCACAACGAGGGUCGUGUGGAGGUCUUCUACAACAGCCAGUGGGGAACUGUCUGCGAUGACGACUUCAGCAUCCACGCCGCGCAGGUGGUGUGUCGAGAGCUGGGAUACGUGGAAGCAGUAUCGUGGUCGCCCUCGUCCAAAUACGGGAAAGGAGAAGGACCCAUAUGGUUCGACAAUCUCCACUGCACGGGCAAAGAGAAGACCUUGUCACUGUGUCCCUCCAAUGGCAUUGGUGUUUCUGACUGCAAGCACAGUGAAGACGUGGGUGUGAUGUGUAGCGACAAGAGGAUCCCUGGAUUUAAAUUUGUCAACACCCUGCCCAACCAUGUGGAGAAUCUUGAUAUUCAAGUUGAAGAUGUGCGCAUUCGAGCCAUUUUGUCAUCACUACGCAAGCGGAUCCCUGUGACAGAGGGCUAUGUGGAGGUGAAGGAUGGCGGUAAAUGGAAGCAGAUCUGUAAUGCAGAGUGGAGCCUGUUGAACAGCAGAGUCAUCUGCGGCAUGUUUGGAUUCCCUUCGGAGAGGAAGUUUAAUACCAGAGUCUACAAGAUGUUUGCUCGCAGGAGAAAGCCAACAUACUGGGAGUUCUCCGUGAACUGCACUGGCACCGAGGCCCAUUUGUCCAGCUGCAAACUGGGACAGGCUGAUUCCUUGAGUUCCAACAGGACCUGUGACGGUGGCUUGCCAGUGGUGGUGAGCUGUGUGCCUGGCAGAGCCUUCGCCCCGUCAUCUACCACUGGAUUCAAAAAGGCCUUUAAACAAGAGCAACCGUUGGUCCGUCUACGUGGUGGAGCCAUUGUGGGCGAGGGCCGUGUAGAAGUGUUGAAGAAUGGAGAGUGGGGCACCAUAUGUGAUGACAAAUGGAACCUGCUGUCGGCCACCGUGGUCUGUCGGGAGUUGGGCUUUGGUAGCGCCAUUGAAGCUAUGUCAGGAGGUCGGCUCGGACAAGGAAUGGGCCCAGUGCACAUGAAUGAAGUGAAUUGUUCUGGAUUUGAGAAGUCCAUCACUGAGUGUUCCUUCAACAAGGAGUCUGCGGACUGCAGCCAUGAGGAGGAUGCGGCCAUCCGAUGUAACGUCCCUGCUAUGGGCUUCCAGGAAAGACUUCGUUUGAGUGGCGGUCGCAGUCCCUUCGAUGGUCGCGUGGAAGUACUGGCGGAGAAGAACGGCUCCCUGGUGUGGGGGACUGUGUGCGGCGAGGGCUGGGGAACCAUGGAGGCCAUGGUGGUCUGCAGACAGCUGGGCCUUGGCUUUGCCAGCAAUGCUUUCCAGGAGGCGUGGUACUGGCAAGGCGAGGUGAGUGCAGACAGUGUGGUGAUGAGCGGCGUCCGCUGCUCUGGUACGGAGAUGUCGUUGUCCCACUGUCUGCACCAUGGAGACCACCUGGCUUGUCCCAAGGAGGCCGCACACAAGGCUGCUGGAGUUUCCUGCUCGGAGACGGCUCCUGACCUGGUGCUGAACCCCCAGGUGGUGGAGCAGACCACCUACAUGGAGGACAGGCCCAUGUUCAUGCUGCAAUGUGCCUACGAGGAGAACUGCCUGUCCUCCUCCUCCAAGCAGAUGCCCGCCAACUCCUACCGCCGGCUGCUGCGCUUCUCCUCGCAGAUCCACAACAACGGCCACUCCGACUUCCGGCCCAAAAUUGGCCGCCACGCCUGGGUGUGGCACGACUGUCACAGGCAUUACCACAGCAUGGAGGUGUUCACCAUCUACGACCUCUUCAACCUCAACGGGACUAAAGUGGCAGAAGGACACAAGGCCAGUUUUUGUCUGGAGGACUCGGAGUGCGACGAAGGCAUUGAAAAAAGGUAUGUGUGCGACAACUUUGGAGAGCAAGGCAUCACGGUGGGCUGCUGGGACACGUACAGACACGAUAUCGACUGCCAAUGGAUCGACAUCACUGACAUCCAGCCUGGCGAUUACAUGUUCCAGAUUAUAAUUAAUCCAAACUAUGAGGUGCCCGAGUCCGACUACAGCAACAACAUCUUGAAAUGUAGCUGCCGAUAUGAUGGCCAUCGUGUGUGGAUGUACAACUGCCACAAUGGUGGAUCUUUGAGCACAGACACGGAGCAGACUUCUCCGGGCCUCCUCAACAAUCAGGUCACCCACAGGUAAAAAGCCACCACUCGACCCUCCGGAGCCCACAGUUGGGACACAUCUUGCAGUCCCCGACAGUUUGCAGCUCCACCUUCCUACGGAGCCUGCAAGCGAGCACUAAAUGACUGAGUGUUUUAUCAGGGAACAUCUUUAUAAAACUGUGCGCAACUGAAGAACCUCCACUGGGGUGACGGUGAUCAAGCUUUGAUUUAAUGGUGUGCUGAAAAAAGGGCGAUUGACGUGUUUAAAAAGUACAUUUUAUAGACACUGAAGAUACUGACUGGGCUUAUGCAAACCAAACAAGCAUCAGUGAUUAGUUCAAAGUUGUCAAAGCCAAUCUACUCCUCUUCUUGUCUCUGUUUUAUUUGUAUCUUUGUGCAGCCAUGAAAUAUGGCUGAUCCGCCUACAUCAGGGGUCACCAACGCGGUGCCCGCGAGCACCAGGUAGCCCGUAAAGACCAGAUGAGUAGCCCGCUGGCCUGUUCUAAAAUAGCUCAAAUAGCAGCACUUACCAGUGAGCUGCCUCUAUUUUUUAAAUUUUAUUUAUCUACUAACAAGCUGGUCUCGCUUUGCUCGAUAUUUUUAAUUCUAAGAGAGACAAAACUCAAAUAGAAUUUGAAAAUCCAAGAAAAUAUUUUAAAGACUUGGUCUUCUUUUGUUUAAAUAAAUUCAUUAAUUUUUUUACUUAGCUUCUUAUAACUUUCAGAAAGACAAUUUUAGAGAAAAAAUACAACCUUAGAAAUUAUUUUAGGAUUUUUAAACACAUAUACCUUUUUACCUGUUAAAUUCCUUCCUCUUCUUUCCUGACAAUUUAAAUCAAUGUUCAAGUAAAUUUAUUUUUUUAUUGUAAAGAAUAAUAAAUAAAUUCUAAUUAAAUUUUUCAUUUUAGCUUCUGUUUUUUCGACGAAGAAUAUUUGUGAAAUAUUUCUUCAAACUUAUGGAUAAAAUUCAAAAAAAAUAUUCUGGCAAAUCUAGAAAAUCUGUAGAAUCAAAUUUAAAUCUUAUUUCAAAGUCUUUUGAAUUUCUUUUAAAAUUUUUGUUCUGGAAAAUCUAGAAGAAAUAAUGAUUUGUCUUUGUUAGAAAUAUAGUUUGGUCCAAUUUGUUAUAUAUUCUAACAAAGUGUAGAUUGGAUUUUAACCUAUUUAAAACAUGUCAUCAAAAUUCUCAAAUGAAUCUUAAUCAGGAAAAAUUACUAAUGAUGUUCCAUAAAUUCUUUUUUAAAUUUUUUCAAAAAGAUUCGAAUUAGCUAGUUUUCCUCUUCUUUUUUUCGGUUGAAUUUUGAAUUUUAAAGAGUCGAAAUUGAAGAUAAACUAUGUUUCAAAAUUUAAUUGUCAUUUUUUUUCGUGUUUUCUCCUCUUUUAAACCGUUCAAUUAAGUGUAAAUAUCAUUUAUUAUUAAUAAUAACAUAGAGUUAAAGGUAAAUUGAGCAAAUUGGCUAUUUCUGGCAAUUUAUUUAAGUGUGUAUCAAACUGGUAGCCCUUCGCAUUAAUCAGUACCCAAGAAGUAGCUCUUGGUUUCAAAAAGGUUGGUGACCCCUGGCCUACAUACACUAAUUAGACAAAAGUAUUGGGACGGCUGGCCAUUGCACAACAGGAGCUAAAAAUAGAAAAAAGAAAUUGCUGUCCGCCGCCGUGAAAACACUACAAAAUGUUGGCGUCCGUGGGAAUUGUUGCUCAUUUGUGAAGUCGACUCAGCCUUUGAUGUGCGGACUCUGUUUUAGUAACAUGCUGUCAGUGUAAUCAGGUUUUUUCCUUUUUUUUCCCCUCAAAUGCUUUUGUACAAUGGUGUGUGUGACCUCCAUGUUGUUGUACUUUGUAUUACGGUGCUAUCAACCUGGCCCUCUGUUUUCUGAGGGUGCAGUAAGUGUGUAUACCAACUGUAUACUUGAAGUGAGCAUAAGAAAAGUGUGUUAAAGUAUAAUAAAGUUACAGAGCAAACAAAA